AUGUUGCUACUCCCAAAGCUACUAUACAAAUUUAGAAUGUUACCUAUCUAUGCUAACCCGAAGUUUUACAAACACCUACAGGCCAUAAUCUCCUCCUUUGUGUGGGAGGCACGUAAACCACGGCUAGCAAGCUCACUCCUCCAACAACGCACACAGCAGGGUGGCCUAGGCCUCCCAGAUGUGGCCAAAUAUCACAAAGCAUCACUCUUAGAAGCAGCAAUUAAACUCCACGCCACCAAAGGAACCUUCCAAUGGGUAGAUAUGGAGCAUGCCACUGCACCUGGGGGUUCACUAAUACCGAUGUUAUGGACACCCCCGCAAUUCCGACCACACACACCCCAUAUGUUCCAGACCUCAGUCCUCACGAUGAAACAAUGGGACAGCCUACAUCACUCUAAGAACAAGAGUGAAAAAUUCCACCCGAGAGCUCCAAUGGCAGCCCUAGGCUCCCUAGCCCCGGGAUUGACAUGGAGCUCCUGGAGGAAACAAGGCAUCACACACAUAGCGGACGCUUACCACAACCAACAACUUAUGCCCUUCCCGGACCUCCAAAAGAAAUACGGACUACCGAAUUCCUCCAUUUUCCAAUACCUCCAACUCAAAAGCAUCGCGGCCCAUAAAAUCCUUACACAAAGGGACACCACACCCCAUGACCACCACUUCCUAGACGCCAUACAUGACAGAUGCUGGCAGACACCCACCAAACCCAAGUCCCUUGCUCUAUGUUAUGCUUCACUGCUACACAACACCGCCACCACACACUUUCCCUACGAAAAACAAUGGCAAGCGGAAUACGCCCCCUCUCCAUCAGGAGACGCCUGGUUGCGCUCUCUUAAUGCACUUAAAGGUGUCACCAACUGCUAUUCCCAUGUGGAAGCCCACAAAAAAUUGAUUUAUAGGUGGUACCUCACACCCAGUAGACUUCACAGAAUAUACCCCACGGUCACAGCGGAAUGCUGGAGGUGCAAAACCACAGAAGGCACGAUGAUCCACAUUUGGUGGGAUUGCCCUGUCCUGCUACCACUCUGGCGACAUGUGGACAGCACCCUCAAAUCCUUAAAUGUCAAGAAUGUAACUCUCAAUCCAUCAGUUUGCCUAUUCUUACACCCAUACCCAAACCUCUAAAACAAGUAGCUAUACUUACCAUAUUGGCGGCUAGGAACCUUAUCGCGACAAACUGGAAAAGUGACAUUUGCCCAUCCAGACAGCAACUGUUGGACAAACUCAAUCUAUACUAUACGUAUGAACGUAUGACCACAAAUUCCCCCAAACGUUCACAGGCUCUGAGAGAAGCCUGGACGCCAUGGGCCAACAUAUACGCCAACCAACAGCGAGUACCAGACCUACCCAUACCUAUAUAAGACAACCCUUUCCCCGAACAUUAUAUGCUACUACCCAGAUCAGAGCUAUCAUCCCCGACCGCCUACAACACCCAAACGCUGA